AUGGCGGAUCAACUCAACAUGAAUGGUCUCAACCUUAACGGUGGUGAACCUCGAUCAUAUAUUCCUCCCCACAUGCGAGGCAAGAUGGGUGGCCCUGCUCCAGCUGGUCCACCAGCAAACUUGAAUGGCAGUGCUUGGGCCCCUCAAGGUAACGGAUACGCUAAUGGUCCACGCCCAGCCGGAGGUGAUUCUUGGGCUAAUGCUCCUGAUUUCACCCCACGUGGAAAUGGUGCUCCACGAGGUGGAAACAACUGGAACCCAUCUGGUCCUCCAUCCUUCAACAAGAACGCUUACGGAAACCCUGCAGCUGGUGCUGGCGGUCCUGGAGGUGCAGGUGGUGCCGGUGGCGCUGGUGGCGGUGCUGGUCAAGCUCGUGGUGGUGGAGAUGGACAAUGGCGAGAUGGAAAACACAUUGCUGGACCUGCCAACGCUCGUGUAGAACGCGAACUCUUCGGUAUUGCGGAUGAUCCAACCAAGCAACAAACCGGUAUCAACUUCGAAAAGUACGAUGAUAUCCCAGUUGAAGCAUCUGGUCAAGAUGUUCCAGAACCAGUCCUCAAGUUCACUAACCCUCCUCUCGAUGAUCAUCUCAUCAAGAACAUCGAGUUAGCACAUUACAAGGUCCCAACCCCAGUUCAAAAAUACUCCAUCCCAAUUGUCAUGGGUGGACGUGAUUUGAUGGCUUGUGCUCAAACUGGUUCCGGAAAGACUGGUGGUUUCUUGUUCCCCAUUUUGUCUCAAGCAUUCCAAACUGGUCCAUCUCCUGUUCCAGCUAAUGCUGCAGGAAGCUUCGGACGCACUCGCAAGGCUUACCCAACUUCCCUGAUCCUUGCUCCAACUCGUGAGCUUGUUUCCCAAAUUUACGACGAAUCUCGCAAAUUCGCCUACAGAUCCUGGGUUCGCCCUUGUGUUGUUUAUGGUGGUGCCGAUAUUGGCUCUCAACUUCGCCAAAUGGAACGCGGUUGUGAUCUCCUCGUUGCUACCCCAGGUCGUCUUGUCGAUUUGAUUGAACGUGGCCGCAUUUCUCUUCAAAACAUCAAAUACUUGGUUCUCGAUGAGGCUGAUCGUAUGUUGGACAUGGGUUUCGAACCACAAAUUCGACGAAUUGUUGAGGGUGAGGAUAUGCCAGGUGUUCAAAACCGUCAAACCCUCAUGUUUUCAGCCACCUUCCCUCGCGACAUUCAAAUGCUUGCCCGUGAUUUCUUGAAGGAUUACGUUUUCUUGUCUGUUGGUCGUGUUGGUUCUACUUCUGAGAACAUCACUCAAAAGGUUGAAUACGUUGAGGACAUUGACAAGCGUUCCGUCCUUUUAGACAUUCUCCACACUCACGGUGCUGGUCUUACCCUCAUCUUCGUCGAGACUAAGCGUAUGGCCGAUUCCUUGUCAGACUUCUUGAUCAACCAAAACUUCCCCGCCACUUCUAUCCACGGUGAUCGUACUCAACGUGAGCGUGAGCGUGCUCUCGAGAUGUUCAGAAAUGGUCGUUGCCCGAUUCUUGUCGCUACUGCUGUCGCAGCCAGAGGAUUGGACAUUCCCAAUGUUAAGCAUGUAGUCAACUACGACCUUCCUACUGACAUCGAUGACUACGUUCAUCGUAUCGGUCGUACAGGUCGUGCUGGUAACACUGGUAUCUCAACUGCGUUCUUCAACCGUGGAAACCGUGGUGUCUGUCGCGAUCUUAUUGAACUCUUGAAGGAAGCUAACCAAGAGAUUCCAUCCUUCCUCGAGAAUAUUGCUCGUGAAGGUGGUGGUUUUGGUGGCGGACGUGGUGGUCGAUCAGGUGGUCGUGGACGUGGUGGUGGAGCUAACCGUGAUUUCCGUAAAUUUGGCGGAGGUGGCGGUGGUGGAUUCAACGGAGGUGGUGGAUUUGGCGGACCUCCAGCCUCUGGUGGAUAUGGUGGUGGUGGUGGCGGCUUCGGUGGCCCACCUGCUCCUUCUAGCUAUGGACCUCCACCAGGACAAUACGGUGGUGGUGGCGGUGGUUACGGCGGCGGAAAUGGUGGCGGUUAUGGCAACCCAUCUGCUGGUGGUGGCGGCCAAAGCUGGUGGUAAAAACCUACACCAAACCCUUUCCGUUUCUUGCUUGAAUUACCAAUACGAUUUCGGUACCCUUCAUAUCUUGAACGGAGACGUCUAGUGGAUAUUGAUGGUCAUUGUACCCCUCAUUGAUAUCCUCACAAAAACUUGCUUUUCUCUGUCGACUUUUCCUUACACCUCAGCUUUUACAUUUGCUCCUCAACGAAUUAUUCUGCGCCUUUUCUGUUUUCUGGUAGUGAUACCCACGAUUGAAGUCUUCUCUUGCAUUCAGCGAUAGAGUCGGACUUUUACACGUGGUCUCGCUCGACCAUUGAUAGGCAUCCGAUAGAACCUGUCUUUUGUUUAUGACUGUCGUCUCGCAUCGAUACCCACUAUAGAAAGGCAGUUAGACGGCUGACAUUAGAUGUCAUCCUUUUACUGCUUACCGGUCACGAUGCUUUUUAUUACCUGGAUUAGGGGGCUAUAUAAGCUUUCAUCUAGGUUUUCCAAGAAACGCAUUACGAUAGACAUGUUCUCCAAAAAUCUUACUGGUCCUGCUUUCAGCAUUUCCAUGGAUCAUGAAGUCCUCCACUAUGGAAGAUUUGCAAAAUAUUUUCGUUUUUUUUUUUUUUACAUUGCAUUUUGCUGCAUUUCGCAUUUCUAGAUAGAAAAAAAGUGGGAUUCAUAUUCUCGAUAUUUUCUUCGUUGUCUUUUAUUCACAAGACACAUGGCAAGGGAGGAUACCAUUUGAGAGCUUGAAUUGAAGGCUUUCCUCUUACUUUUUUUAUUUUUCACAUCAUCUACGAGUGGGCGUCUUUUACGAUCAAAUCGAUAUACGACAGUGGCACAAAAUAGAAUAGGCAUUUCUCUUCUUAAAAAAGAUUUAAGGGAAGAGUUGGUGCUUGUUCUCUAUAACGCUGAUGGCAUUCGGAAGUGCUCCUGUCCAUUCAGGCUGAGACUGAGACCCAAAAUGUUGGCAGGUACGGCAGAAAGAAGUCUGCUUCAUAUGAUUGAUGGAGGAAGAAAGAAAUAUGGAAUGCGAUGGAUGAGUAAUUACUUUAAAUGAAUAUGAAAAGUCUUUCCA